UUUUGAAUAUGUUGAAUUCAUGCCAGUAAUGGAUUUCAAAAGCUGCAAAAACUUGUUGUAUGUUUUUAUUUUCAUGAGUUGUUAUUUUUUAGAUGUUAAUGGUAUUGCCAAAGACAGCAUCACAUCAAUUCAAUUCAUCAAGGACCCUGAAACUCUUAGCUCCAAUAGUGGAAACUUUACCUUGGGGUUCUUCAGCACUGACUCUACAAAUCGCUAUGUAGGAAUUUGGUGGAAGUCCAACCUCACUGUCACAUGGGUGGCUAAUAGAAACCAACCAUUGAAUGAUUCUUCUGGGGUUGUUACGAUAUCUGAAGAUGGCAAUCUUGUGGUAUUGAAUGGGAAGAAACAGGUUGUUUGGUCAUCAAAUGUGUCCAAUAUUGCAUCCAAUUCUACUUCCCAACUUUCAGAUUAUGGAAGCCUUCUCUUGCUGGAAAGCACAACAGGAAACACCAUAUGGGAGAGUUUCAACCAUCCUUCAAAUACUUGGUUACCCCGUAUGAAAAUUACAAGCAACAAAAUAACAUGUGAGAAGGCAGAACUUACAUCAUGGAAAAGCCUUUCUGAUCCAUCCAUUGGAAGCUUUUCUUUCAGUGUUGAACGCCUAAAGAUUCCUGAACUGUUCAUUCUGAAUGGAACUCAACCAUACUGGCGCAGUGGUCCAUGGAAUGGUCAGGUUUUUAUAGGGGUAUUAAACAUGGAAACUGCGUAUCUUAAUGGUGUUCAUGUUGAAGAUGAUGGGAAUGGAACAGUUGAAAUAUCUUUCACAGCAUAUGGGAGGGGACUCGUAAUGUCUACCUUGUAUCCCCAAGGCCAAUAUGUGCAAAAAAAUUGGGAUGAUGAGAAGGAGCAAUGGCAAGUUACAUGGACUAGCCACCAAUCAGAUUGUGAUGUUUAUGGUAUAUGUGGGGCAUUUGCAAGCUGUAGCUCCCAGGGCUCACCAAUAUGUAGCUGUUUGAAAGGGUUUGAGCCAAGGAACAAAGAGGAAUGGAAUAGGCAAAACUGGACUCGUGGAUGUGUUAGAAGCACACCUCUGCAAUGUGAAAGGACCAACAAUCAAAACACAAGUGUGGACAGUAAUAAAGCAGAUGGGUUUUUGACAUUGCAGAUGAUCAAAGUUCCUGAUUUUGCACAAGGGUCAUCUGUUACACAAGACACAUGCAGAAGCGGGUGCUUGGAGAAUUGCUCUUGCAUUGCAUAUGCAUAUGAUGAUGAAAUUGGCUGUAUGUCUUGGAAUGGGAAUCUAAUUGAUAUACAACAAUUCCCAAGUGGAGGAAUUGAUCUUUACGUUCGUGUAGCCUAUACAGAACUUGGUAUGACAGAUAAAGAGAGAAACAUAAAAGUCAUCAUUACAGUUACAAUUACAGUUACAAUGAUAAUAGGAACUUUCGUAUUUGUCACUUGUGCAUAUGUCAUUUGGAGAAGGGCUUUGCAUCUAGGUGAAACAUCUGAAUCGGAAGAACACACAAACGACAAAGUAAUUGGAGAAUUAUCACAAGCUAAGCUACAAGAGCUAUUACAAUUUAGCUUUGAAAAGCUUGCAACUGCCACAAACUACUUCCACUUAUCAAACAAACUUGGCCAGGGUGGUUUCGGUGCAGUAUACAAGGGAAAACUGCAAGAUGGUAAGGAAAUAGCAGUUAAAAGACUUUCUAGAGCAUCUGGACAAGGGCUAGAAGAAUUCAUGAAUGAAGUUGUAGUGAUAUCUAAGCUUCAACAUCGCAAUCUUGUAAGGCUUCUAGGCUGCUGUAUUGAAGAAGAGGAAAAGAUGUUGAUAUACGAGUACAUGCCAAACAGAAGUUUGGAUGCAUUUGUGUUUGAUCCAUCAGAAAAUAAACUCUUGGAUUGGAGAAAGCGCUUUAGCAUAAUAGAAGGAAUAGCUAGAGGAUUGCUUUAUCUCCACAGAGAUUCCAGGCUAAAAAUCAUACAUAGAGAUUUGAAGGCAAGUAAUAUCUUGCUAGAUGAGGAACUAAAUCCAAAAAUAUCAGACUUUGGUAUGGCAAGAAUCUUUGGAGGCAGUGAAGAUCAGGGAAAUACCCAAAGGGUUGUGGGAACAUAUGGCUAUAUGUCCCCUGAAUAUGCAAUGCAAGGAGUGUUUUCAGAGAAAUCAGAUGUCUUUAGCUUUGGAGUUUUGCUACUAGAGAUUGUUAGUGGAAGAAAAAACUCAAGUUUGUAUGACAAUGAGAAUUCUCUUACCCUCUUGGGACUUGUCUGGAUACAAUGGAAGGAAGAAGAUGUUUUAUCUUUAGUGGAUCCAGGAAUAUAUGAUCCUAGCCUUGAAAAGCAUAUUAUGAGGUGCAUACACAUAGGACUUCUGUGUGUACAAGAAUUUGCUGCAGACAGGCCCAAUAUGGCUGCAGUAAUUUCUAUGCUUAACAGUGAGAUUGUGGAUCUUCCUCCUCCAAGGCAACCUGCAUUCAUCCUGAGGCAGAUUAUGCUUAGUUCACUAUCGUCUGAUGAAAGCCUUAGAUUGCAUUCCAUCAACAAUGUUAGUAUUACAGACAUCCAUGGCAGAUAGCAAACUUGGAGCUCUCGUGAAAAUUUCGAAGGUGACCUCAAGGGUGGGAGUGCCCAAGACCUUAUAAACUCCACAUUAGUUGCACAUAUAACCAAUGUGGGACUAUAUAUCUCAACACGCCCCCUCACACGAGAGCCCUUUGGGCUUAGUGUGGAAAUGCAACAGGCUUAGCCUACCUGUGUUAAGAAACUCCACAAGAGAAAGAGUGGGGGACGACAAGACUCUGAUACCAUGUAAAGAACCUUGGGAUACACCACCCCAAAAGCUAGCUCAAAGGGUAGGAGUG